UCCGCGCGGCGCGCGCCGGGCCCGCCGUCUGCGGCUGCCUCGCAGUGCUCGCGCCGGCGGCCGCGCUCCCGCGGGAAGAUGGCGGCCGAGGCGGAUUCCUGGGACGCCGACACCUUCGAGGUGGUGGAGCCGGUGGCGAAGCGCUUGGUGCCGGCGGGGGUGGCCGGCGACCGCUGGGCCGGCGAGGACGAGGAGGACGACGUGAAGGAUAACUGGGAUGAUGAGGAGGAAGAGGAGGAAGUAAAGGAGACGGAGGUGAAACAAGAACCCAAAGUUUCAGAAAAAAAGAAAAUAGCAGAAAAGAUAAAAGAAAAAGAAAAGCAACAAAAGAAAAAGCAAGAGGAGCUUAAAAAAAGGUUAGAGGCUCCAGAGGAACAUAAAGAACUUACACCAGAAGAACAGUUAGCAGACAAACUACGACUAAAGAAAUUGCAAGAGGAGUCAGACCUUGAGUUAGCAAAAGAAACCUUUGGUGUAAAUAACACUUGUGGAAUAGAUGCCAUGAAUCCCUCUUCAAAAGAUGACUUUACGGAAUUUGGCAAACUACUAAAAGAGAAAAUCACACAGUAUGAAAAGUCCUUACAUUACGCCAGCUUUUUGGAAGCAUUAGUUCGAGACGUUUGUAUUUCAUUGGAAAUUGAUGACUUGAAAAAGAUCACAAAUUCGUUGACGGUACUAUGCAGUGAAAAACAGAAACAGGAGAAGCAGAGUAAAGCCAAAAAGAAGAAAAAAGGUGUUGUGCCUGGAGGUGGUUUAAAGGCUACUAUGAAAGAUGACCUGGCUGAUUAUGGAGGAUACGAUGGAGAAUACGUACAAGAGUUUGAAGACUUCAUGUGACAUUUAUCUCCCCUUCUGUUGUCUUUCUGUUGCCCAUAACCCCUUAAACAUGUAGCACAACUUCUCUUUCUUUAAAUUCUGCCAAAUGCUAUUAUCAAAGCUGCAGUAUCUCUGUGCUGGUGGCUCAGCGUGGCAGGCGGUGCUGAAGUGCUGCCAUUCCUGUUCUGUGCUCGAGGAGUUGGAAGGAAGCAGCUCAAAAGCUCCGUAAAUUACAGGAAAAAAAUAAAAGGAACAACCAAAAAAACCAACAAACCGAAACCGCCGAAUUCUGAUAACAGUAAUUGUUGCUGCUUGAUUCUAUAGUAACAGCCACCAAAUUGGAAAUGAAUUUCAAAGAGGCAAAAUAUUAUUAGCGGCACAGUUCUACGAUAUGGCCUUAACUGUACCUCCCUGAAUGAGUUGUUUGAUGAACAAAAGCAGUUUGCAGCGAGGGCAUGAUGGGUGUGCACUUAGUAUUACAAUUGCUUUGUCUUACGUUAGAGCUUGAGGUUUUCAGUGUAUCGUGAAGGGGAACUGCUAACUUCAGAAGUGGGACGCUGCGCUGGGGAGGCGUCACUGAGAUGCACUGCUCCACAGCCUGACAGCCCACAGCAGUGCUGGGCUGAGAGCAGGGAAAGAGCUCCUGAUUUGGGAAAAACAAAACAAAACCUUGUGAGUAUGAAGUUGAGUUUCCAUUCAUCUAAAUUUCUACUAAUGCAGCUGUAUGGGUUGGGUAUUCUUUAACAGUUCAUCGCCUGGUUUCAGUGUAAAAAAUCAAAUACGACUUUGGGCUCCUGGGCUGCGGUCGCUCUUUCAUGACUCGGCUGUUUUCUUUCAUUUAAAAACAACUUGCUUAGCAAACUGCAGCAGUUACUACAGUGGGGCAAAUUGUUACGUUAACAAUUAUGACAUCUGCAAUGUUUUAUAAAGUAACUAAUUUAAUAAAAAUCACUAUUGUGAGGACUUCACUA